GCAGCAGCUGUCCCCUCUGGAAGCCCCUACAGGAGUGUGAACAGCCCUGCUUCAGCAACAAAGCCUCAGGUCCACAUCUUGGGAAGAAUAUGGCCGCUUCUUGGGACGCUGUCUUUUUCAUGCUGAUGAUAGCCUGUGUUGGCAGCACUGUCUUCUACAGAGAACAGCAGACUUGGUUCGAGGGUGUCUUCUUGUCUUCCAUGUGCCCCAUUAAUGUCAGUGCCAGCACCUUUUAUGGAAUUAUGUUUGAUGCAGGCAGCACUGGAACUCGAAUUCAUGUUUACACUUUUGUGCAGAAAACAGCAGGACAGCUUCCCUUUCUGGAAGGUGAGAUUUUUGAGUCUGUGAAGCCAGGACUCUCUGCUUUUGCAGAUCAACCCAAGCAGGGCGCUGAGACUGUUCAAGAACUCUUGGAUUUGGCCAAAGACUCAAUCCCGAAAAGUCACUGGAAAAGGACCCCAGUGGUUCUGAAAGCAACAGCUGGACUGCGUUUACUGCCAGAACAGAAAGCCCAAGCUCUGCUCUGGGAGGUAGAGGAGAUCUUCAAGAAGUCACCUUUCCUGGUCCCAGAUGACAGUGUUAGCAUCAUGGAUGGGUCUGAUGAAGGCAUAUUAGCUUGGGUUACUGUGAACUUUCUAACAGGUCAACUGCAUGGCCAUGGCCAGGAUACUGUGGGGACCCUUGACCUGGGGGGUGCCUCCACCCAAAUCACGUUUCUACCCCAGUUUGCGAAAACCCUGGAACAAACGCCUAGGGGCUACCUCACUUCCUUUGAGAUGUUUAACAGCACUUUUAAGCUCUAUACACAUAGUUACCUGGGAUUUGGAUUGAAAGCUGCAAGACUGGCAACGCUGGGAGCCCUGGAAACAAAAGGAACUGAUGGACAUACAUUUCGAAGUGCCUGUUUACCAAGAUGGUUGGAAGCGGAGUGGAUCUUUGGGGGUGUGAAAUAUCAGUAUGGUGGCAACCAAGAAGGGGAGAUGGGCUUUGAGCCCUGCUAUGCAGAAGUCCUGAGGGUAGUGCGAGGAAAACUUCACCAGCCGGAAGAGAUUCGGGGAAGCUCCUUUUACGCUUUCUCCUACUACUAUGAUCGAGCUGCCGACACACACUUGAUUGAUUAUGAAAAGGGCGGUGUUUUAAAAGUUGAAGAUUUUGAAAGAAAAGCCAGGGAAGUGUGUGAUAACUUGGAGAGCUUCACCUCAGGCAGUCCUUUCCUAUGCAUGGAUCUCAGUUACAUCACAGCUUUAUUAAAAGAUGGCUUUGGCUUUGCAGAUGAUACCCUCUUAAAGCUCACAAAGAAAGUGAACAACAUAGAGACGGGCUGGGCCCUGGGGGCCACCUUUCACCUGCUGCAGUCUCUUGGCAUCUCCAGCUGAGGCUACCGUGUCCUCUGAAGCCUGCAUUUCUCAAAAACUUUGUUUUACAAGAAGGAGAGGACUCAGGCAUUUUCUGAACAAUUUGGGGAAAGCCUGGACUGAAACCCAUUAACUGGCUUUAUUGGGAGGGAAGGGGUUUUAUAGAUGAGUCUUGCCCUUGAGCCUCGUGAUUUGGGCUUGCUUAAUUUUGCACAUCUACUGUGAACAGCUCCCUAACCACUUGGCAGGUGCACAGCUGGCACAAGAGUAUAAAUCUUUUGAGAUUUUUUUGUAUGUCAGAGUCCUGUGAAGAAAAAAGAAUAGGCUUGGAACUCCAUGUUAGAUUGAGAGUUCAGAGACAAGUCCCUGGGAACCAAAGAAAAAUCUUGGAGUGCCUCAUUCCUUUGAGUGUUUCAGUCUUUUGCUUAUAAGCUAAAUUAAGCUGACCUACUGAAGUCCCAUAACCUAUCAAUACUGGUACUUUUCCUUCUUCCCACCCUUACACAUUCCCUACCCUAAAACCCAAGGUGAGAACUAUCUGGCUUUGCAUUUCCAUCUGUAACUCAAAGGGAAAAAAGACACUAUAUUAGAAUUUGUGUGAUCCUAUGACACAAUUUAGAGCUUAGAGUGGCCCUGGGUAUUUUAUUUUUAGACAGAGGUCAUGUUACGUUGCUCUGGGUAGCCUGGUACUGUGUAACCCAGGUUGCCUUGAAUUGUCAAUUCUCCUGCCUCAGCCUCGAGUCUUGGGUUACAGGUGUGAGCCGUCAUGCUCAUGUCAUGUUAAAUCUCACAAGAUGAGCGUGCACCUCUCACCUGUGCCGACUAGAGCUGUGAGGGGGGCCGUCGCAGACCACGACUGCUGCUCGGUUACCACCUUAUUCUCAUGGUCCUAAACUUAGCAUCUUUCUAUUUCUGUGAAAUACAACUGCACCCUAGUUUUGGUCUGUGGUUAGAAGUUAGUGUGUGUGCUGUUGAAUCUAAAGAUAACCAACGCUUUCAGUUUGUCCUUUUGGGGGUUGGGGUGUGGAAAGUGCUGGAGAUUGAACCCAGGACUUUUUGCAUGUUAGGCACAAUGUGCUACCACUAUGCUUUAUAGUAGUGUUUUCUUGCCUGGGCCCUUGCUGAUUUUAGCCACUGUUUUCUGAAUUUAUUGUCUCCCUCAGGAUUUCAUAUCCUCUUACCACUGAUACCCAACAUUUGAUUUGAUUGAUUCUUUUGGCCCAUGUCAGAACAAGGGCUACCAUUUCUAGAGAACCAUGUUUUUUCUCUCGGGCCACUGUUUUGAGGUUGAACACAGAUCAUCAUGCGUGCUAAGCAUGGGUGCUCUACUACAUUAUAAAGUCAUUAUCUUAAGGUUUUCUGCCAGGCAGUGGUGGCGCACACUUUUAAUUCUAGCACUUGGGAGGCAAAAGCAGGCGAAUCUCUGAGUUCAAGGCCAGCCUGGUCUAUAGAGCAAGUUCCAAGACAGCCAGGGCUACAGAGAGAAACUCUGUCUUGAAGGAAAAAAAAAAGUCAUGUCGUUUCUUGUGUGACUAUCAUUGGUUUGCCUCCUACUCGGUUCUGGACUUGAAACAUUGCCUGCUGCUCAGCAGCUCUGUCAUAGCAUUUCCCCUUCCUCUUCGCUUUCCAGUUUUCAGCUCCCCUAACUUGACAUUUUCAGUCACCCCCUCUUCCUUCCACUCUUCAUAAAGGAUGUGACUAUGCGUGGCUUCCCCAAGGAACCGUCUUUUUGAAGCCAUUACAUUGAGUCAAUAAGUAUUACCAUCUGCUGUGUAUAAAUAGUAGGCAAAUUUGUAUAUUCUUCCCAAUUUUAGGGGUUUGUUUUGAUUAAAUGUGGAAUUUCUUCAGACUUUGAUACUAAGAGUAUGUGUCUUGAGACUAGAUUUCACCUUGGACUCCCAAGUAGCGAGACUAUAGGAAGGCAUGCUGAGCCUGGCUCAAACUUCCAUUACUAAGUUCACUUUCACUUAUUGCCUUCUUCAAAACAAUGCGCACCAGGCAGUGGUGGUGCACGCCAUUAAUCUCAACACUUGGGAGGCAGAGGCAGGCAAAUCUCUGAGUUUGAGGCCAGCCUGGUCUCCAGAGCAAGUUCUGGGACAGCCAGGACUACACAGAGAAACCCUGUUUCAAAAGAACAAAUAAACAACAAUAAACCCCAUAAUGUUCAUACAUAAUGAAAUAGAUUUCCCACACUGGAAAUAGCCUGAAGGUAAAAUCCAGUUUCCUAUGGAAUGCAUACUCAGCGUCUCUCGCAGGCUUCUCCAUCCAGCUUAAGUGUUUGCCUCUCCAUCUCGGAUGUCACUGUUUACAGCUUCAUUAGCUGAGAGCUACCUCCUUCCCUUCAGUCAGCCUCUGCUUUCUCCUAGUCCAAAGCCUUUCAGACUCUUUGAAGAUAACUACAUUUUUAUGACUUUUAAAAAGACGCAGCAUACUUUGAAAGUAUUAGACAAGGCAUAGUCUACUAAAUGCUCCCACAGUUGAGAAAAGCCAAUCUGCUUCCCCAAGAGUAAACUUUACAGCAGGCUUUACGGCACAGGCCUGUAAUUGGAGCUGAGGCAGGAGGAUUACAAGUCAUAGGCUUUCUAUGUGGCCAGUUUGAGGCCGCUGGGCAACUCAAUAAGGCAUUCAAGAAGUUUUAGAAGGGAUAGGGGUUAGAAGAUUUCAGUGGGGCUGGAGAUGGCUCAGAGGUUAAGAACACUGGCUGUUCUUCCAGAGGUCCUGAGUUCAAUUCCCAGCAACCACAUGGUGGCUCACAGCCAUUUAUAAUGAGAUCUGGUGCCCUCUUCUGGAAUGCAGGCAUAUAUGCAGGCAGAUUUAAAAAGAUUUCAAUGCAUACAUAGAUUUAAAAAGAUUUCAGUGGCAAAGCAUAUUUAGCAUGUCCGGUCCUAGAUUCAAGCCCAGCACUAAAUAAACAAAGUGAACAGCUCCAGCAGACAAGUGAGUUCCUGGUCUUUCUACCACAGGUGGCGCAUGAAGCCUCAAGAUAGGCACCCUAGCUGUGUAUUGUCCUGUAGACACCUUCUGCUACCUUGGAAACUGCCAAAACUCUUAAAUAGAAGGACUCUCACCUCAGAAAUUUAUCUGCAUACAUCCAUCUUGACCAGAGAGCCUGCAGAUUUACCUCUUUGUUCUUUUAAAUACAAUUUGGAGUCUUACAUUUUCUUAGGAAAAAUGAAAGACAAGGGCAUUUUUUUGUUUCAAACAAGAGUUUCUCUGUUAGCCCUGGCUGUCCUGGAACUCCCCUGAAGACCAGGCUGGCCUUGAACUCAUAGAGAUCAGCCUGCCUCUGCCUCUCUAAGUACUGGAAUUAAAGGCAUGUGCCACCACUGCCAGGCAGCAUGGGCCUUUUUUACUAAGUGGGUCCUGUGUGUUCUGAUGUUGUUGACAAGUUCCAUCUCUGUGAAAGUGUAAAUAUAAUUUAAAUACCUGCGAUGUGGUCUCGUGUGUGGUGGAUGCUGUGUGUAUUAUCACUAUUAUAUGAAGAACAUCUGAGUCACAGAUGUCCUUACAAAGUGUGCCUUAAAGUUCUCAUCUCUUUAACUUUUUUAUUUUUCUGUAUAUUAGUCU